AUGACCAGUGAAGUACCACAAGUUCCAUAUGGAUGGAAGGCAGUUUACGAUGAUAAGUACAAGAGAUAUUUCUACGUUGAUUUAAAGACUAAAGCAUCACAAUGGGAGGCACCAAGAGGAACUAAAUGGACUAGAGAAGAGGCUCCACCACCUUCAUAUACACAGACAGAGUCUCAACCACAACGUAUGCCACAACGUACUCCUCAAAGGAUGCCUCAAGGCAUACCUCAAGGCAUGCAACAAUCUGCAUACCAACAACCUGCAUACCAACAACCUAUGUACCAACAACCUAUGUACCAACAACCUAUGUACCAACAACCUAUGUACCAACAGCCCAUGUAUCAGCAGCCUAUGUAUCAACAACCAGUCUACCAACAACCAAUGUACCAGCAACCUGCAUACCAACAACCUAUGUAUCAACAACCCAUGCAAGGACAAAUGAAAUCUGGUAAGAAAAGCAAUGGUAUGAUGACAGGGUUAUUAGGGGCAGGUGCCGGUUUGUUGGCCGGUUCUAUGUUAGCACAUCACGAAGAUCGUGAAGAGGUUGAAGCAUAUGAGGAGGGUAGAUUUGAUGGUGCUAAUUAUGAUGGCGGUGAUUUUGAUGGUGGUGAUUUUGGUGGUGAUGACUUCGGGGGAGAUGGAUGGUGA